AUGCUUACUGCUGGGGAUGCGAAGAAGGCUUUAGUUUUUGUUAAGGAGAAUCAACAGAUGGUGUCUGGAGGGAGUAACGUGACGGCUGAAGUUCCUGGGACGGAAGAGGUGCAAGGGGAGGGCGACAAAGAGAAGGGGUCACACGUGCAAAGUACCAUGCAGGUGGAUGACGAACAUGCCAAUGCAAUAGGUUCAGAGUCUGAAAAGGAGAACUCAAAGCCCAAACUGAGAUCCUUCAGGAGGAUUCCCAGAGAAGAUAAAAAGGAUAAAAAACAAGCACCAGAGGAGGUUGGUAGGAAAAGAGGUCGAGAAGGUAGUGAAGAUAGGGAAGUAGAGGAAAGUAGGUUGGCAAAGCUGGGGAAGAGUGCGGUUGCGGAGUCACAAACACCAGUUGCAGCGGAGCGGCAGACCGGCUCUGUGGGAAUCAAUGAAGAUCAUAGUUUGGAACUGCCGGGGGUUGGGAAAUGCCCCAGCAGUUCGCGGGCUUCUGAAUUGAAAAAUCAGUGUGAUGAGGGGCUCACACAGCAGCUCCUUGAUGCUGUGCAGCCUCGAGUUACAGCACAUAUGAAUGAGUACUUGAUGAAAGAGUUCACCGAGGAGGAAGUGAAGAUUGCCCUUGAUUCUAUAGGGGAUCUAAAAGCGCCUGGACCGGAUGGCAUGCCUUCGGUCUUCUAUAAGAAGCUGUUGGAUGUUGUGGGAACAAAGCUGACGGCUGAUGUUCUGCAUGUGUUGAAUGGAAACAAAUUACCAGAAGGGUGGAAUGACACAAUAAUUUCUCUGAUUCCAAAGAAAGAGAAACCAGAAUGGGUCUCAGAUCUUCGUCCAAUCAGUCUUUGUAAUGUCACUUAUAAAGUGGUGUCAAAGGUCCUUGCUGGUAGACUCAAGACAGUCCUAGAUGAGGUUUCUCGGCUCAGUUACAGAAAGCUGAACAAGAUGGGAGAAUUGCUGGUGUUAGAGUUUGCCACAGGGCACUGA